AUGGCAGAUGAUGGGAUGCUCCUGAACUUCGCCAUCGGCGACAAUGUCAUCAAACCCGAAGCCAAGUUUAAGGGAGGGACAUGGCGAGACCGUCUAAGCGCAAAGAAGCGGUCGCAGCACCUGCCCAAAGCAGGCGGCGGCGAUGCAAGUGCCCGCAACGGAGCCUCGAAAAACCCGAACCACAUUCAGGUCCCUUCAUCGCGGCCUGCCAAGCGCCAAAAGACGGCCGGUGCUUCUGAUCUCGACAUGGACGAGGUUGAACGGUCCCGACCGCAGCAGCAACGGCAACAAAAGCCCCGCCAGAUCGUGUCGUCCCUCUUCUCCUUCAACCCAGAGCGUCAGAAUGCAGAGCAGCCACAGCCAGAGGAGGAAACGGAGGAGGCUAAGCCGACCAAUGCACCGCUGAUUGAUGGGCUGGACACUUUUACGAACCUGGGUCUAUCACCGAAUCUCGCCGCGCAUCUGCUCACAAAGUUGGAGCUAAAGGCACCGACCGCAAUUCAAAAAAGCUCGAUUAUGCAAUUGUUGAAGGAGGAAAGCGAUGCGUUUAUACAAGCGGAAACUGGCUCCGGCAAGACAUUGGCCUAUUUGUUGCCUCUGGUGCAACGAAUCAUGGCUCUCUCGAAGGCGACAAAUGACCACAAUACCCAAAACGGCGUACACCGUGAUAGCGGCUUAUUUGCAAUUAUCCUGGCCCCGACACGAGAACUCUGCAAGCAGAUCUCUGUGGUGCUGGAAAAUUUGCUCCGGUGUGCGAACUGGUUGGUGGCGGGGACAGUGAUCGGAGGCGAGAAAAAGAAGUCGGAAAAGGCACGUUUGAGAAAAGGCUUGAAUAUCCUCGUGGCUACUCCAGGACGUUUGGUGGAUCAUCUGGACAAUACGCAGGUUCUGGAUGUCAGUAAUGUUCGGUGGUUGGUCCUGGAUGAAGGAGAUCGCUUGAUGGAUCUAGGUUUUGAGGAGGAGAUACAAGGCAUUGUCGGGAAACUUGAUGCCAGACAAAGGCCCAGUCGUGUUCCCGGGGUGCCGACGCGCAGGACGACGAUUCUGUGUUCGGCGACGUUGAAGAUGAACGUUCAGCGACUCGGCGAGAUCAGUUUGAAGGAUGCAGUACACAUCAAGGCCGACCCAGAGGAUGAUGAGGAAACAACGGCAAACAAAAGCGAAGAGGAUGCCUUCCGCGUCCCGGCACAGCUGAAGCAGUCUUAUGCAAUUGUGGCAGCGAAGUUACGAUUGGUCUCAUUGACGGCCUACUUGAAGCGAACGUUCAUCCGGAAAGGUUCCGUGAUGAAGGCAAUUGUCUUUGUGUCUUGUGCCGACUCGGUGGAUUUCCAUUUCGAGGUAUUUACGAGGAAGGAAGCAAACCAAGAGGAAAAGAAUAGCGACAACGAGGAGGAGAAUAACAAAGCCAAGAACGUCGAACUAUCACCCCAUGGCACCAUUGCUCACGCCACGGACUUCUCCAACCCAUCGAAUUCCGUCAUUCUGCACCGACUACAUGGUUCUAUGCCGCAGCAAGUACGGACUGCCACCCUCAAAUCAUUUGCGAACAGCAAUGAGAGCUCAGUGCUCAUUUGCACUGAUGUCGCUGCCCGAGGCCUGGACCUGCCCAACGUCGACCUGGUCAUCGAGUACGACCCCGCCUUCAGCUCGGACGACCACCUCCACCGAAUUGGACGUACAGCACGUCUAGGCCGAGACGGCCGCGCCCAGAUCUUCCUGCAGCCAGGCAGCGAAGAGAACUACGUGGACAUCCUCAAACGCAGCUAUCGCGACGGCGGGAAAGCGCUGACUCACACCGACGCCACGGAGAUCCUGAAGCGCGGAUUCGGCAGCAACGUCAAGUCCGACAGCAGGGAUUGGGAGGCGAAAGCCACGGAGUGGCAACUGGACGUGGAGCGCUGGGCACUGGAGAACCCGCAGUACCUUGAGAUGGGGCGGCGGGCCUUCCAGUCUCAUAUCCGGGCCUAUGCAACUCACAUUGCGGCAGAACGCAACAUGUUCAACAUUAAAGAACUCCACUUGGGACACCUAGCCAAGAGCUUCGCAUUGCGUGACCGGCCGGGCAAGAUUAAUGUGCCUGGCCUGCGGCCUGGAAAAGAAGACACGAAGAAAGAUUUCAGGGCGGAGCGGAGAGGAGUGCCAGGAAACAAGCGGAAGGCUGGUGGAGACGACGAUGGGCCGUCUACGACCACCACGAACGAUGCCGCAAGGAAGAUGAGGGCCAAGAUGAGGGAGCAAAUGGCCGGGGCGAGCGAGUUCAACUUGGCUUGA